AGAAGUCCAUGGCUCAGGCAAUUCUGGACAAAUCGAUCUUGUCCGGGGCCAAUCUGAGUCAGACACUUUGUAGUUUCAGGCAGCCCAUUGCCACGCAGCAUGUUGGGACAGCCAUCGAAGUCGCAGACCGCCUCAAGCUGAUCUACAGGAGCUCCCGAGAUAGCAGGCUCUGGUAACGAUGGUUGGUUUUCAGGCGCGAUAAUUUUCUUCAGCUUUCCGAUGCUGGCAGGCUUCUGAUGCUUGCCAGCAGUCUUGAUGACUGUUUCUGGAAUUGCAAUCAACAAUGGUUUAUUUUUCUUGUCGCAUCAGCUGCAGUUUGCUUUUAUACUUGCUGGCUUUGCUGGUUUCAUGACGUAUGUUCUGCAAAGGGGCCAGACGCGAUUGUCAUGCUGGGUAGUUGUCGCAGGUGUUUGCAUUUGCUUAGAUCCACUUCGCCACGUUGUGUACGACUCCCAGUUCAACCCAGCACAGUGCGGCCCAUCUGGAUCAUUGAUGAGCAGCGAUCAGUUCUACGCACUCGGACCCUUCUGCCACGCGGGGCAAGUGCUCGGUACAGUUCUACUGCUAGUCAUAGCAGUCCGCACUAAAUUACCAUCGUCGAUGGCAUGCUUUCUGGGUGACAGCGCGGAAGAAAAAGAUCAAUAGAGGUUCCAUCGAUUCAGGCAGUUGGGCGGAAACACGACACGGAGUCGCCACGGUAAUUAUAGCAAGGAUUCUUGAAGGAACGCGGGUAUAAUACGGUCCUUGGCAAAUCUAUACACGCAUCGCCCCAGACCUAUGAUGACAGCGCGCGACAGUCGAUUCCCGAUCAUAUGCCGUGGCUUGAAAUGAGGUCUCAGCGACGCGGUCUGGCCACGCUUAGUUGUACAGAUCUCGCUCCUCGAGUUUUCCUUGCAGAGAUGCUGGUUCCUACCAUCUUCUUUGCGUCGCCCCAUCGCCGUCCUCUUUCCUCAUCAUCCUUGGGUCGUCGUUCUACGCUCUUCCCUCUCCUAGGUCGGCUGAGCUUUCUGCUGCGGUCCACCCGACGUCCAGUGCACGACAGUUGCCGCGGUGGUUUUUUUUUCUGCUCCGCCAACUCGUCCUCGCCAUUGUCCUCCGUCCCCUCCUCCCUGGCCCUCCUCGCUGGCCGGCUCCAUCGUGGCAGAGCCCACCCACCCCCAUCGGCUUGGACACCGCCAGCGUUCGCGCCCGAGGCUCAGGAGAGUGCCGCCGCGCGGCCCGGGAGGCAGGCCCGGUCGACGCGCGUGCCUCUCUCCGCCGGACGACGGGGCACCGCCGACAAAAGCCUUGCAGGGCUGGGCCUGCACGCUGUCCUGCAGGGCUUCGGCUGUGUGUUGCUGUUCGUCUUGGCAGGGAGGCGGAGGAGGAACACAGGUCGAGCAAAACGGAUUCCACAACGAGCACAGCACGAAGCACAGCGUUCUAGGUCCAGGUCCAGCCCUGCAGAAUUGGGUGACUGUCCAGGCGGCGGCGAUCCGUUCAGAGGGCGAGCGCCGUCCACCCUGCAGAGGCCGCCGCCGCCCACUCCGAGGGGCACUUUGCUUCUGGGCGUCCGUCCGCGUUGUACGACCUUCCCGCAUCGCGCGUGCCGGAGAGCGAGUCUGCGGGACGCCGGCCGAGGUGGUUGGAGGAAGGCGGGGCGACAUCCA